AUGGCGGCCUCGAGCGGGGCGUCAUCUAUCUCAGUGACCGUUCGGGUGAGGCCAUUUACAAUACGAGAAGCUGCACAGCUUACGAAAUGUGAUGAUUCGAUGUUCUUCCUCGGGGACGGCUCCCUCGUCCCCACCCCAAAACUGAUACAGAAAGGCAUUCGACCUGUGGUAAAGGUCAUGGAUGAUAAGUGCUUGGUCUUUGACCCACCAGAAGACAACCCAGUACAUCGAUUUUCUAAAUCCGUGGUCCCAAAUGGAAAGCGUGUGAAGGACCAGACGUUCAUGUUCGAUAGAGUCUUCGAUGAAAACACGAGCCAAGGAGAUGUGUAUGAAGCAACAACUCGGAGUCUGCUAGAUAGCGUGCUGGAUGGUUACAAUGCCACCGUUUUUGCGUACGGUGCGACAGGCUGUGGCAAAACCCACACCAUUACAGGGACUGCUCAGCAACCGGGUAUUAUUUUCUUGACUAUGCAAGAACUAUUUGAACGGAUUGCGGAUAGAACAGAGGAAAAGGUCACUGAGGUAUCAUUGUCGUACCUGGAAAUUUACAACGAGACCAUUCGCGACCUGCUUAGUCCCACCAAUCCUCCCAAGGGCGGUCUCAUGCUCCGAGAAGACGCAAACCAAACAGUCUCCGUGGCUGGGCUUUCCAGCCACCAUCCUCAGAACGUUCAGGAGGUGAUGGAUAUGAUUGUGAGAGGAAAUGAGUCUCGCACUAUGUCUCCCACGGAAGCAAACGCAACAUCAUCUCGGUCUCAUGCCGUUCUCCAAAUUAACGUAGCGCAAAAAGAGCGUAAUGCGGAUGUCAACGAGCCACACACAAUGGCCACAUUGAGCAUUAUCGACCUUGCAGGAAGUGAGCGAGCGAGCGCAACAAAAAACAGAGGGGAGAGGCUGAUCGAAGGCGCCAAUAUCAACAAAUCUUUACUAGCAUUAGGCAGUUGUAUAAAUGCUCUAUGCGAUCCUAGGAAACGCAAUCAUGUCCCCUACCGCAAUUCGAAACUCACCCGGCUGCUAAAAUUCUCGUUAGGAGGAAACUGCAAGACGGUAAUGAUCGUCUGUGUCAGCCCGUCCAGUCAACACUUUGACGAAACACAAAACACCCUUCGGUAUGCAAACCGAGCAAAGAACAUACAAACUAAAAUUACCAGAAAUGUGUAUAACGUCAAUCGCCAUGUCAAAGAUUUUCUUGUUAAAAUCGAUGAACAAAUGGCUUUGAUUAAGGAGUUGCAAAAACAACAGAAAGAUUAUGAAGCUAUUGCUUUCGCGAAGUUUAAGAAACAAUCCGAGAAGAAGGAAUUGGUAGUUCGUGAGGGAGUGGCUCGCCUGCGCAGUGCGUAUGAACAUUCAGCCUCCGAAAGAGAAGAAAGGGUCAAUUGUAUGCUGCGCUUGAAGCAAGUCAGCCGUCGCAUCUCAAUCCUCUCCUCCUGGAUUGCUGCAUUCGACAAUGUGUGCGAUGCUGCUGAAAAUGAAUCCGCCUUGUCCAAUCUCCAGGCCAUUCGAAAGACUGCCCACGGAAUUCUCGUCGAGCUAGAGGGCAGCAGACAGCAUUAUCACCAGAAGCUUGCAAAAAGUAGCUGGGAUCGAGGCAUUAACUCUGCACUGGAUAUUGGUAUUAAACAACUCCAAGAACUUGAAAUAGCAGAUGGUGUCGAUACUGCCACCCUCGCGCGGGAAGCGGAGUUACUUAGGGCCAACGCAGAAAGGGAAGCACUAGGGGCAAUUGCCGAGCAGGAGAAAGGAAGCGACUUAGCAAUGAUCCAGAUGUUGCUGCAAACCAAUUUCGAGACAGUUUCUGCAAUUGACGAUAUCAUGCAGCUUCGCGAGGAGGAUGCAGUUGCAGCUGGCAAAAAAAUUCUUGCAAAACUCCUCACGUCCAGUACAGCUGCUACGGCUCAUGUAGUCAAACCUGAUGGGAACGUACGGCCCAUCGAAGUUUUCCCACCAAGCAAGACGGGUACACCUAAGCGCAGGAAGCAAAACAGUAUGGGGCUCCCCGCAUCGUUGCCAAAACCUAUCAAAGCGGUUCUGUCUAUAGCACCCCAUGUAUCCCCAUCCCCAGCCAAGCCUUCUCCCAGAAGAAGAAAGAUAGGGCCAAAGAAGGGUGUUAAUUUCACACCAAAGAAGCUUCAGACGAAGAGCAACAAGAGGAGUGUAAGAUGGAAGGACGACGUAGAGGAUGGAACGCUUGCAGAAUUCGAGAAGACUCCACAAAAGGUUGAAGAAUCGUCUCCUGAUACGCCCUCGGUGGAGCCGCAAUUACAGCCAAUGCAUUUGGUGGCAUCGGCCAUUCCCCGUCGAACAUCGAAUGGCUCGAGAGAAUCGUCACCCAUCCCCAGCCCUCCUACCUCGCUCAUCGUCCAGAAGAAUAGCCGUUUCAAGGCCGGCUUCCUGUCCAAGAAGCCGAACGGAUCUCCGGCUCCCUCGGCGUUGCCUAGGCUCCCCUUAUCGUCGGACAGCGAACUUUCUCCAUUACGUGGUAUUGAAAAUAGCAGUUUCCUAAAUCGCAAAUCUCUUGACCAUUCUGAGGCUGAUGAUAACAAGAAAAGCAAUGUCAGCGGGUCGUCAUCAGACAACGAAGAUAGAUGGAAAAUGGACAAAAGUGACGCCUUGAUGAUACACUCAGCGAUGAGACGCAUUUCCGGAGCCCACCAGGGAGGAAAUCUAGCCUCGAUGGCUGCUGUUAAUAGAAUCCAUCGACGACGAAGCCCGACUGCUACCACGAGUGUAAGCCCUCCUAGUGAAAACAGCAGCACGUUCUCGGCGUCCCAAGCGAGGAGGAUGGUGAAAAAGGAGAAGGACGAUUCGAAGAUUAGCGUUUUGAGCCCAAGGACCGUACCCAUUAUGAAAGCAAAUAGCCAGCGACGGACGACAAUCGGCGACGCGAAACAAAUAGGCCUUGCGUCCAGAGAAGGGAUUCGGCUUAGUUCUGCCACAAUUUCAGGCGGUGGGUCGUUACGGGGUAGUUUACAGCCCGGGACGAAGGGUUCCUGGAGAUAG